UGAAGAUCAACGAAGUUCUAUUCCAAGUAAAAACAUCCCCACCCCAGAGUUGUCUUGCAAAUUUGCAUGCCAAAAAAGGUUCUCAUGCGAAGCCCCAUGAGAAGCUUUUUCUAUUCGUGUUUUGGGAUUUAUUGUGAUGCUAGAAAUUGCAUCAUAUGCUAGAUCUGUGAUGCUGCUGAACUACCACCUAAACAGGAUUACACUUGGAGGACAAAUUUGUCAUGCCAGACGACAAAAGCUGGCUGAUUUGUCUAGCAGAUUUCCCAUCUUGUUCACUCUGGUGUGGGGACGUUUUUACAAAUGAUACGUUCUCGACGAGAAGCAGAAGAUCAGGAACGGGAGAGUGGCGGCUUUAGAUUUGAACGUGAUGGACGAAAUCGUGGAGCCGCUCAUAAUACCCUGUGGAAAAGUAACGUACUCGUACUAUUAAUCGCAUGGAUGCAUUACAAAUUUCUUUCUCAACUUGAAUCCGCAUCACAAAUUCCGUUUCUCAUGCUGAGGACGAGAUUUGUCAUGCGAUUCAUACUAGUACGAUGCUUUUGCAUUUCAUACAUAAAGGAAGUAUCAGAACGACGCCAAGCCAUGGGUCUGUUCCCCGGGAUCUCCAGGUCCCCGUCGCCUCUGCAAGAGAUGCCGCACGUUCUAGGGUUUAUGAAGGAGAAUCAAAGAGCAAAACAGAUGGCAAG